UUUCCCAUAGAAUUUUACCCGUUUUAUGAAUUUCCUGGGUACUUAGCACAUACUCUUAGAAAGCACUUUAGCUGUCAAAGAAAGUGGAUUAGAAUCUGAAAAACGAAUUCUGACAAUGAUGGAUUCGAGUCCUUAGACCUAGUUGAGGAAUUUCCAAUACUUUGCGAUUAGUAGUCAUGUUUCCGCUGACCAGAUCUCAAGCUGCCUCGUGUGUGAUGCUCAGGCUGUUACACUUUCUAUUGGUGGUGUUUUCUCUCAGGUCCUUGGGACAGCCACGACUAGUCCUGUGGCUACGGUUCGGCUGUUGGAUGAACUGGUACCUGUUCCUGUUGGUUCAAGGACUUCCAAGGAUUGGUGGCGCUCAAGUCUGCAAUCUAGACUGUCAACUGCGCUUCAUGUUGAGCUUUUUAUUUGCAGCAUCGCAUUGCUAUAUGGUGGCUAACAGCUUCAUCCGUGCACUAAAAUUACGCAAAUCAAAAGGCGAUGUGGUUGAGAUUCUUGAGCCCUCGAACCCACUGGUAGCCUUCACGGCGCUGGCUAUUGUCCUUCCCGUUUUACUAAACACAUUCAUGAUCCUAACGAACUUGGCUACAAGCUCAGACCAAGUUUGGUCCUUUCACUUGAAGCUGCAACCCAGCUUUCUGGCCCUUCAGUUGCAGAUCGUCUCGUUAAUUUCUGAGGUCAUGGGGGUUAACAUAAAAUUACGACUGGCUAAAGGCCAGUUUCAGACCCUGGCACGCGAGGUGUCGUGCCGUUUGCCCCAAGUCAAGCAGCAGGCGGAAUUCCUUGACCAGCAGGCUCACAGAGUCCUAGAUCUAAAGCGCCGCUACAGUGAGAUCUACUACUUGUACGAACGGAUAAACGACAACUUCGGGGGAAGCCUACUGAUAAUUUUCAUAGACUUCUUCGCGAUGUACGUGUGCCAUGCCUACUGGCUCUUCGUCGACGUGAGGACUCCUCCUUUAAGAAAAUACGCAAUCCUUUUAAAUGUACUCUACAUUUUCAACGUGGAUCUCCAAAUGACCGCCGCUUGCUGGCACUGCCAACAGGGAUAUAACCUCGGUCGCCAGAUCGGGUGUCUCAUCUCCAAGUUGGUGAAACCCGUGGGUAGUAAGAGGUACAACGACCUAGUCAGUGAGUUUUCACUGCAAACGCUCCAUCAGCAAUUUGUGGUCACUGCCAAGGACUUCUUCAGCCUCAACCUGCAUCUGCUCAGUAGCAUGUUUGCAGCAGUGGUGACCUACCUGGUAAUCUUAAUACAGUUCAUGUUUGCCGAGAGAAGUGCGACGAGAAUUACUGGAUCAGUGUAGCAAUGGGAUACAUUCCUUGUAUGAAUACCGUCCUUGUGUGAAUACUUUCCUGGUAUGAGGGUCUUUAUAAUGAUAUCAAAUCUCAAAUAAGUCU